AUGGCGACGAAGAAGACGGUCAUUCUGAGGUCGCUCUACGAUUUUAGCGAGCUUGCAUCCACGGAGCUGAUCCAGAAUGACAAGUACGCCUUCCUAGCCCCCAAAACUGACCACAAUUCAAGUCGUAAACAAACUGAGUGUCUGAAUAGCGACGCUCAUGAUGGCCCGGAGGCGCCCGCAUUCUUCUACUUCGAUGCUGCCAACCAGGUUUUUUGUGCAGACGUCGACCAAGGUGAUCAGCACACCAUGCCACAAUUUCUUACUCGUAUGGGGGGGUACAUCGAGUACCACGAAUUGAACCCACCCGGUUUUGACGAUGAGCCACGGAUUCGUCCCGUGGAAGGUACGGUGAUGGCGGACAUCAUCCCAGAGGAAUACGACGAAGAGAGCGCCGAGAAAAACGUUCUACUACAGUACCAGUCAGAUGAAGAUUCUGACGACCAGGACGCACCGGACGGACUGCUUCAUCUGACGACGUAUUGGCAACCGGCAAACGGGAACAUCGGCAUUCUUCCACCUAUGUACGCAAAAGACAUCACACGAUUGACAGGCUCUUCUCUCUUCGCCGAAGAAGCUGAAAAGCGCUACCGAAUCUUCCAAGGAAACUUCAACCUGGCCCGUGAAAAGCUCUUGAAGCUCGAACCAUUACUCGAAAUCUUUGAGAAACAAUCCGGCAAUAAAUCGUUCCCAGCCACUGGCAAUCUCCUCAUCUGGCCUCCAAAUCAAAAAGAUUCCAGGAUGCAGUUUGUGAAAAUGAACGAUGAUCACCCGGGCUUCCAACGCGUCAUCGUCAACAGCAUGGAACAAACCCUCUGCAGAAAAGUUAUUGCGGAGCUUCGUCCGUGGGACUCGAAGACACGGGAGUUCUUCAUACCUCGAAAUCUCCAAAAGGUAGGGAAUCAGCCCACAGUCACGUUGCAAGCCUCGAAAAUCUGGGACACAGAGCUCUAUGAAAGCUUUGGAGAUCCAAGAAAUAUGGAUCCAAUCAUCACAUCCAAUUCCACCUCAGCAAAUAAUGGUGGCUCCGUUCCUACCCAAGAACGCCCUGAUGCUAGAAUUGCCGCAUGGACGAACAAUGUUGUGCAUUCAGCAAACCCGGAAAUCGCCCCAGAAACACCGAGAGAACCUGUAGCACCGACGCGUCGCAGAGUCGCAAUAGAAUCGGAUAGCGAGGAUGAAGAGCCAUCUACCCCGGUGCCGAAACCCGUCCCCUCAACUACCGAAGAUAGUACAGAAACCCGGUUAGUUUUGCUGCCAGAGGACGAAGAUUUGAUGGAAGCCGAGGGCCCAGCCACUCAGAACUCUGAAUCUCCAGUGUCACCCCUCCUGGCCGGCAACGAGAGCGCCUUGAUCGAUCUUUCAGAAGAAGUUAGCUUGGACCAAGCUGAGGGAGGACUGCAAGCACAAUCCGCAUCUCAUUCAGCUCUUCUGCACGAAGGACAUGAAGUUGACAUAAUUACAGCAUCGUAUCAAGAAGCUACGUCUGGACACCAAGAAGAUCACGACAAUGGAGGCAGAUCGAAUGAAACGGCCAACAAAUCUCCAUCUCAAUCCGAUGCUUGUCCCAGUAGCGGAGCCACGUCCUAUUCUCAAGCAGAAAAAUCAGCAGAGGUCCACGAACUUUCGUCCUCGGCGACAGACAUCGCGUCUAUAACUCCAGAGGCCGCGAGUGUUCCCCCUUUUGAAAGACCUUCUUUCCACCAACGUGAGUACGGGAUUGUCUCGAACACCCGGCCGUUCCGAGGGCAGAGAGGUCAGCGUGGCUACCGUGGACGGACAAACGCCCGUUAUCGUGGGGACGGUCGACUUGGGACUGGUCAAUCCUACGACCACAGUGAAAGCCCACGUCCGACGCAGCCGGACGGAUUUCGCCCACGAGGGCCUGCAGGAGAGUUUCACCAGAGAGGAAAUGGGAGGCUACGUCCUGGCUACUCCGGGGAGAGAGCAACGAGGGCCCGUGGCUUUCGAGGUCAACGACCAGGAUCCACUCACCACACUCUCGUCGACCUGGGAACUCCUGCGAAUAGUGCCCAUCCAUCAACUGUGCCACCAGGCUUGGAAUGCAACGUACCGCUCCUGGCUGCAAAACCGAGUCGUGGCAAUCUCAAUCAAUCAAGCGAUCUCGGAGAGCCGCUUCCCCGGAGUGCUGCACCCUCUGAGCUAGAAACUCGCUCCAGCAUAGCAUCUGGAUCUUCGGCUUCGGGACUGACACGGCUAAGGUUCAGCGAAGAGGGAUCUGACUACGUUACAACGUUCGUUCCGAGAGUCGAUCAAUCUGCUAUAAGAGAAAAGGCUAUACAACAGGUUCAAGAGGCGAUAGCCGCAAUGAACAAAAAAGCGGAGGAUCCGUCGCCCAAACUCCAUUCUACAAUGCGCCAACAAGGCAAAAAUCCUGGAAAGACAUCUGGAAAGCAGGAAACAGAAGCGGCGAAGAAAGCGCGCAGAGCCGCGGCAUUGGCAGAAGCAUAUCCAACUCCGACAAAUACCCCACCAAGAUCACGGGCAGCCUCCCCCAAGCCAGAAGAGAUGAGCAAAUGGAAGAGACAGCAGAUUAAGAAAAAGUCGGCCUUGGCUGAAGCACAUCCAGACCUUGUCGCAAGCGAUUAUCGAGCUAUGCAGACGAAAAAGCUCAUCUCUCUCCUGGAGCCAGUGUUUGAAAAUGGCAGAGCUUUCAGCGGCAAGUUGACGUUUGAGCUGCGAUUCGGCCAAGUGCUCAUCACACCAGGGCAGCAACUGCGCGACCGGACUUAUCAUAGCGUUGAUGACUGGAAAUCAUACUUUGAUUGUCGUCCUGCAUCAACCGACACGCUUUCGAAUUUCACCAGAAUCUUGACAUCCAACGGUGCAGACAUCGACCGUAUUCUGGAAAUGAAGGGAGACACUGGAAAAGGCGCUGGCAAGCUUUGGAAUCCUACUCCAGGUCCGCAGUCUGUCAGCUACGAGUUCCAUUGCCAAAGUCGAUUCAAUGAGGACUUUCAGAUUGUGGUAGACCAACAUGGAAGAUACGAGCUGCGAAAAGGUCUGGUCACCGUCGGUGAUAUCAACAUACAUGUGCCAGCUCAGGUCUGGGACCUCUCUGCCACGCUGACAGGACCUUUGAAGUGGCGGGAUCCCCCGGAGACUGUCGCUCAAAGUGUCAGCGCUUUUGUCGGGUCCCUAUAUGUCUUGCCCGGACGUAACAAGCUCUUACUGGUGUUUCGACAGCCCAAUGACCUUGAAAUCGAAGUUCGCAACCUCGUCGUAAAACGGGACAGUUACCACAGCAGCAAUCGUCCGGAUGGUCAGGAGAUCCUGCUCAAGAUGACAGAGGCAAAGAAUCUUCAAUUCCGGGUUCACCCAGAGGAUAAGAGGCUCUGGCAGGGUUACGAAGCCCCUGAAAAAGCUUACAAAGACUUUGCAGACGGCGGUCACAUCCACUAUGAAAUGUCGCUUGUUCAUAAUGGGAUCAAUGAUGUGCUUGCAAAGAAUGAGGCUCUAGAGAUCGGGGAGCUUACAGACACAGAAACUACCGGAAAAUCCCUCCUUGAUCCCACCAUCAUCCGUUCCAUGCUCGACAUUGCUGUCCAAAUAGUCUCAAAGAUGGAUUUCGUCGGUAUGCGAAAUUACGGCACACAGCAACGUCUAGCAGAUCAGAAACAAAAAAAGGUCGAGCAACUCCAAGCAAUGCUUGGCGGGAAAGCACAAACUAUCCUGCAGCUUCCCAGUGUGGCUCGAGGACCUUCUCAAGCGGCAAGUCGAUCUCCGGUAGCUAAGAACAACAGCACGGCUGCCGGCGGAGCAUCGGUCGUGCAACAGUACGUUCCUGGGGUACGCAUGAACACAGAGGCGCAGGUGGUGAUUGACGAGUCAGGUCAUCGUUACCGGCUGGGCCUGGGUGGAGCGAGGAUCCCUCUUGUUGAAGACGACGAAACGCAACGGUCCGGCUCCGGGGAGUCGGUCAUACCGGAUGACAGCGCAAGUCAAGCCGGUGGAGCGAGGGCACAUCUGCGGUCUGCGCCGAUAGGGUAUAAGCAAACCGACCGACAAGCGGGGUUUUGGUGA